AUGGGAAGAGGAAAAAUAGAGAUCAAGAGGAUAGAGAACUCCACAAAUCGACAAGUAACAUUCUGCAAAAGAAGAAAUGGACUUUUGAAGAAAGCUUAUGAGCUUGCUGUCCUCUGCGAUGCAGAGGUUGCCCUUAUAGUCUUCUCAACUCGAGGCCGUCUCUAUGAGUAUGCGAAUAACAACAUAAGAUCAACCAUUGAGAGAUACAAGAAAGCUUCGUCUGAUAACGCCAACACUCACUCUGUACAAGAAAUCAAUGCCGCGUACUAUCAACAAGAAUCUGCUAAGCUGAGACAACAGAUCCAGACGAUUCAAAAUUCCAACAGGAAUCUGAUGGGAGACUCUUUGAGUGCCUUAAAUGUCAAGGAACUAAAACAGGUUGAGAAUCGCCUUGAGAAAGCCAUCUCCAGGAUCAGGUCCAAGAAGCAUGAGUUGCUUCUAGCUGAAAUCGAGAACCUGCAUAAAAGGGAGGUUGAGCUCGAUAAUGAGAGUAUCUAUCUCCGAACCAAGAUAGCAGAAGUGGAGAGAUUUCAACAACACCAUCAUCAAAUGGUUAGUGGUACGGAGAUGACUGCGUUUGAGGCCUUUGCCUCUCGCAAUUACUUUGCUCAUAGCAUUAUGACUACUGGUUCUGGAUCUGGAGCUGACCAUGGAUGUUCACACUCUGAUCCCGACAAGAAAAUGCAUCUUGGAUAA